CGCUAGUUGCAGUAGCUCGGACAUUUUCAAACGUGCAACAUGCGUACACCGAUAGGCGCGUGGAAAAAUCUAAAUAAAAAACACUAAUUAAAUAAACCAUUCGCAAGGACCCGCAUUAAUCAAUCCUAUACGAUUAAUUUCGUUUUUUUUUUUUGGUUUUUUGUAUUUAAAUAUUUGUAUUGUGCUAAGCUAAAAUCAAGGAGAUGCACACAAAUACUAACCUAACAGCAUCGAGUGUGUCCUUUGCAUUUACCACGCUGCUAUUAAUUACAUGUGUAUUAGUGUACGCGAACGGUUAUCCUUCCAACACUUUUCGCGAUCUCGACAUCUGCAAUCAUUGGAAUGGACGUCGACAUUUUCUGGAAUUGGGCGAACGAGGAGAUUUGCAUGCACGCAAUGUCACGACAUCCGCUUUCCGAAGCACUCUCUUCUCACCCACAAAUCCUAGUCAAAUGAAAAAUCGCAGCAGCACAGAUAUCUGGUAUCAAUGUAACUUGGAGCUUGUGACCUGCGCUGAGUGCGUCAUACGCAUAACAUUCACUCACGUAAACUUCUCUAAGACAUGCGAGCGCAUUGCUAACUCGGGCAUUGGAAAAUCCUCACUUUGUCCUUGCGAACACAUUCAAUUCUCAGAGCCGCCCUACGAUACAACCAUAUCCGGACAAGAGUUUUGUGGUGAUGGCAAAGUGUUUCGCAGUAAAACGCGCACGCUGUUGCUGAAAUUUUUCUAUCGUGCCACCAACAGUCAUGUCUUUUCGCUGCAGUAUUUCUCGGAAAGAAAUGUUAAAAUUGUAAGCGGCUCGCCGAGACAAGCUAUAAUCAGCAACUAUUCCAAAAACGAGCCGCACAUCAUCUCAACACCCUAUUUCCCAAUGCCAUAUCCUCGAGAUUAUGGCAUCGAACAUAUACUAACCUGCGAAUCGGAAAACUGUCAGGUACGACUGGAUUUUACUGAUUUUCAGCUGGGCCUCACUUCAACAUUAGAAAUAUUCGAUUCGAAUGGCCAAAUGUUGGAUUCUUAUACGGGUGAACAUUUUCGACCGCCCAUCACAAUUAGCAAUGGUAAAUCACUAUUGUUGCAGUUUCGUGGUAACGGUAAUACCGGUGUUGGAUUUCGUGCCGAGAUUUCAUUUGUCUCAUCUAAGCAACUGAAGGGAGAUCGAUUGGUGCCGUAUACGGAUUGUGGCGGCAUGGUGUCCGGACCUGGAGGCGCAAUCACUAUGAUGAAUAUGAUUGAAAAUAGCACCGAUGUCAGAUUUUACGACUGCAUAUGGAUAAUUAAGCCAGGCAACAAUUACAUGAUGAUGAAGACACACCUAUCAUUGCGCGUUGAAGAAUUCCAUGGCAUGGCUUCACGCUCGGAUCUAACCAUACGUCAAGGUACAACAUCAGAUGCUGCUGAAAUAGAGAGUGUUGUCUGGCCCAAUAAUGGUAUGAGUAAAGAGAGUCACAUUGUGCCGGUGCUAACGGGCUACUACAUACGUCUGCGCGGCGUCUUUGGCAUGUCAUCGAAAUUGGCCAUUUCCUACAGUGUAUUCAACUACUUAAAUUGUUAUAUUGGUUCUGAAUUCCUGUGCGGUAACAAUCAUUGCAUAUCCAUAAGGCUACACUGUGACGGUUUCGAUCACUGUGGCGACGGCACUGAUGAACCAGAAUCGUGCGAAGAGGAUUGGGCCCAUUUACAAAACGACCGUCGCUGGUAUUCACAUAAGCCGAAUUAUUAUUUCCCAAAAAUAGAACAGUAUCCAGACUUAAAAACAGCAACUGGGAUCUUCAUAAUAAGUACAUUGGGCAUUUUCGCCGUACUAACGGGUUGGAUGGUCAUAUUGUAUCGGAUGGGUGUGAGAGCUCGCCAUCAACGCGAGCUGCAAAAUCACCUGCAAACCAUUAGUGAGCUAUUAGAUCGGCAGGAGGAAAUGACGCCAGACGAACCGCCCAGUUACGAAGCACCACCCGACUACGAAGAGGUCAUUAAGGUGGGCAUGGAGCAGGAGAUUCGUGACGUGACGCGCCAACGCCAGCGUCAACGUCGCCACCAUCAUCAUCCUGAACGAUGUUGCGGCCACGCCACAUGUGUAAUACCUCACACACAUAAUUGCGAUCGUCCAACCACAUCGGCGGCAGCUGCGGCUCUUACGCUUAGCGGCACUGUUGCCACAGAUGCUGUAGGAGCUGCAGUGCCAGAUUUGGAAAUACGCAAUGAACUAACCAAUCGUGUGCUAAUGGCCACCGUAGCUUGUGGCGCUGCAGGCGCGUCAGAGCCGGGCACUGCUACGCAGGGAUGCUGCUGCUGUCAAUCCAUGGGGGUUCCAACGGGCCCGACAUCGCUUCCCGUUGGGUGUGAACUAUCCCCAACCGUUGGCGAACAACCGGAGGCCACAGCAAGCUCUCCCGGAACGCCGAGUCAACUUGAGGAACGAAGUGACGAAUUUCGAGAUGACUCCCUCAAUAUAUCGCUCACUCUAGGCAUCCCACAAACAACAAUAGCUCUCAGCGAAAAUAAUUCAAAUCUUUCAUCGCGCCCCAAGAGCACAACUAAUUACAGCGAGCAAACAUAUUUGAAACGUUCUUGGAUUGUCGUGAGUAACGGCACACAUGACUAUAAGGUUCAACGUUUGCGUCAUACCUUUUCAGUGCCAGAAUCAUUCCCCAUUGAUGCCUAUUACCCAGACGGGCUGAGUUACGGUACCAACCUACCACAUGACCGGCAAAUUUUCCUUAGCAACGCCAGCAAUUUUGGUUCGGAGUUAUCACGAGAUCCUUCCGCGCACUGCAUCAGCACACGUCGACUCCAACAACAACAAUUUCAGCCGACGUCAACUCAGCAGCAGCGCAACGCUAUUUUGCAUCUAUACGAUGACUGUUCAGCUAACCACAACUCUACUGAUGUCAAUGUUGCAUCCACAUCCCACAAUCAAACACACCAGAAUCGAUCAGCUGAUUCUGGCAAUUUGCGAGAACGAUUGCUGCGCAUCGAAACAGAUAGCGACUGUGAGCAUGACGUAUCGUGUUUUGGGGUGGUAAGCAAUCGUAAACAUGCACGGCGUAACCAUGCAAGACGUCAUGUGCGUAGCAAAUCCUUCACCAACAACCGACAGCAUCAUCAUCCACUGAUCGGUGGUGCUGGUGUAAUGAGACGCAGCUCCUCGGCCGAUUUGCUGUUUCAUUUAACUCCAGGUACUUCACCCAUCCAGGAGUACAAUAACUCAGAUGUUAAUGAACAGCAGCAUCGAAAGCACGAUGAGUUGAUCUUUUUGAUUUAAAAUAAACAAGGAAAUUUGAGAGCCAGGUUGUGAAAGUAAGGUUGGGAAGUUGAUGUAAAUUAUUUAAAAGCGAAAAGGGGACUAACUCAAGAUUUUUGUUCGCGUUCUAUAUAAGUAGAAUGUGUUAAAUUUUUUUUAAUAUGAUUUAGUUACUAAUUUUAAAACACGAAACAUUUUCAAUUAAUCCAAUUGUCAUAUCUACUAUAAACUCUGUGUGGUAUUUAUUUACUCGUAUCUACAUAUACAUAUAUUCUUUUUAUUCUAAAUGCUCAUCAUUGUACCUUAAACAACUCCAAUUAUGUAUUUAAAGGAAAUAUUAAUGAAAUGUAUACUUCAAUUAUGAAAUACAUACAUAUGUAUAUGAAAUAUAUUUAUACUUGUAUAUGAAAAUCAAAAUCAAAUCGUGCAAUAAUCAACUGGAAAAUCGAACCUGCAAACUGCGAUGUUUUUUAAAAAUAUAUACGAGUAUGUACAUUCAAUAGUA